AAAUUUAUAAAUAAAUAUAUAUAUAUUUAUAGAGAGAGAAAAAAAGAGAAAGAGCAGCAUAGAACGAAAGGGUUUUCUGUGGUGUUUGGUUGAUCGGGAAAAUUUGGAGUGAGAGCCGCAAAGAGUGUUGGAGUGUUUUCCGGAGCGAGAAAGUGAGGGAAAAACAUUUCUUUGCUUUCUUUGAAUUUUGAGUAGAAGGGGAAGAAGAAGAGAAGUAGUAAAGAGAAAGAGUUGGGGAUGGGUAGUGACAGUGAGAGCAAGAACGGAACCGGAUUAGGCGAGGUGUCGCCGGCCAUAAAGAAGAUUAUUAAGAAUCUUAAGGAGAUUGUCACUAACAUUUCCGAAGCAGAGAUCUACGCCGUUCUUCUAGAUUGUAAUAUGGACCCGGAUGACACGGUUCAGCGAUUACUUUCUCAAGAUACUUUUCACGAAGUGAAGAGCAAACGUGAAAGAAGAAAAGAGAUGAAGGAGACACAAGAUUUAAGGCCACGAUUUGCGUAUUUAGGUUCAACUCGUGGUACUAGAACUGCUAACGAACGUAGCGGAUGGAGUGGAUCAUCACAAGCCAAUUAUGAGGAAGGUGGUGUUGCACUCAAAGGAGAUAAUGUGUCAGUUGCUCCAUCAUCGUCUUAUUUGACUCCUAAUGCGAAAGGAGAAACUGUAAACCAUCAACCUUCAUUUAACAGUGAUUCUUUAAAUACUGAUAGUAGAGGACAGUCAAUAGGAACAGGUGAUGGCAUCUCCCACACUCUGGAACCCACUCCUGCACAACAGCCUGCGUGGUCAGGGACAAGUGCUCUACAUCUUUCUAUGGCUGAUGUUGUCAGACUGGGUAGACCUUCCUCAAAACAUUCACAUGUUCCAUUUGAGAGUACCUCUUACACACAUCAGGAUGCAGCUACAACAAACUUAGAUCAUUACUAUGAAAAACCCUCCCAAGCGUCAACAAAAACCCAAACAGAAUUGCACCAUGAUCUGCAUCCUCAAAAUUCUUCGAAUGUUAUGAUCAACAAUUCACGCACUACUGGUAGCCAGAAUGCUUUUCUAGAAGAACAAUCAACAGCUCCUAGUUUGUUAUCAAAAUUAGAUUCGUCUGCUGUCCCAGAUUCUGACAAGUAUUUUACUCAAUCCAACUUAUAUGGUAAUGAGUCUGAACUAUCUAGGAGCAGUGGCUUAGAAAAUAUCCUAGCAUCAGAGGAACAUGAUGCUGAUCUCAAUUCAGACGACAUUGUGUCUGCUAACGCUUCCAGUAGGCAGAAAGAUGUUGAGUCUUCUGCUGGAGUUUCUCAUUCUGAAUUGACAGAAAUAGGCAGCAGUUCAAAGUCAUCAUCUGAUGCUUUGGCUGAUAAUGAUGUUGCGAAGUUUCAACACCUCAGUUUAGGAAAGGAGGACUCAGAAAAUAAUUUGAUCCUCCCCAGUCAUUUGAAAGCGUUCUCGGCUGAUUGCUCACAUUUGAGUUUUGGUACAUUUAAAUCAGGAAAAUGUUCUUCAUCGACUGGGUUAUUACCAUCUAAUGAGUUAAAUGGUGAUCUCCAAGAAGCCUCUACAAUGUUGGAUGGUUUACCCGCUGGUCACUUAGAGACAAAGGAUACAGAAUAUAAUGCUAAUGACUCAAUUGGAUCCUUGUAUAAUAAGCAUAGAGAAAUUGCAGAUGUUAUAAGUUGUGAUUUACAGUCAGAACUGACGAAGCGAGAUGUCUCUAGAGCAACCCAUGGAAGUGAAACUGAAUUCAUCUACCCUUCUUUGAAAGAUUACAAUGCCAUUAAACAAUCAACCCGUGGAAGUGAAACUGAAUUCAUCUACCCUUCUUUGAAAGAUUACAAUGCCAUUAAACAAUCAACUCCUGAGUUGUCUCUUGGAGUUAAUGCAAAUGCUAGAAAUAUUUCUCAGACAAUGCCGAAAAGCACACUAGAUGACCUAGUGCAACAGUUGCAAUUAUUACAAGCUCCUGAUAAUCUCCAAGGGCAGUUCCAUGCAACACAAUCUUUACCUUCCAGGCACAGCAAUGUAGUCCCAUCCAUAGGCAAUCCAAACAUCCCCUUUUCAGAGUAUAGGAAUCCACUGAGCAACACCAUUCCAUCAUCUGUGCUAUCUUCUGUACUACCUCAACAACGGGUGCCAAAUUACCUUCCCGUGGAACAACCCUCCAACAACUUAAUGGGCUAUUCUGGCUUACCUCAGAGUUAUUCGUCGCAUUUGCCUUCAACUUUCCGAUCUGCAUACGGAGGUGGUGAUGAGUUCCAGCAAUCUCUGGCUGAUCUGAAGUACAGCCUUCCAGAUUAUGGAGCAUCAGGGAACAGAUUUCCUGCAGGUGCUCCUCCUGACGCCUAUGGAGCUUACGGGGUGUCUAACAAUGAUCCUGGACACUAUAUACAAUCUUCAUCUGCAUCUCCUAUGAUGGCUAAUAACAACUAUGGUGAUGUUUUUCACCCUCGAUUCAAGGAUGGAAAUCAUUUCACUGCUCUUCAACAGAAUACCAGCCCUUCUACAUUGAAUUAUGGUCCUGGCUCAAGAAUGCCAUCUGCUGUUCAAGAAAGUGCUUACUACAACAGCUCACUAGGACAGAACCAGCAAUAUCCCAGAUAUCGACAGGUACCGCAGCAGCAGCCCUCACAUCAAUACGGGUCUUUAGAAUACUCUGACCUCUAUCGUUCGCAAGCAGGAAUGACCCGUGAACAUCAGCAGCGCAACUUUGGCAGUUUGAGCAAUGACACUUCGGAUCUUAAGUCUGAGCAAUUGAAACAAUUAUACCGAUUGCAGCAAUUUUGGCAGCAAAACCGCCGCUGAGCAUCUUAAUUUUAUUUAAUUACGGUCUUUUUUCAUGGGGAUUUUCAAGUGAGUUUGGGGUUUAACUAAGUGUUUAAUACAAUACUGAUCUUGUGAUGGUUUUUCGUGUAUAGCUCUGUCCAAUUGUACAUAAUCGGAAGAGUUAUUCAUGCAGAGUCUGCCCCGUUGUAUCUUACGAAACUUCACAUUGGGGCAUGAUUUUUGAUAUUAGAUAAUAGCUUUCUAUUUCAAAUUUUCCCAAUGAAGAAAGCUUUGUGAUAGAACAGUUUUCUAACUUAAGUUAGUUUCUACUAUAUAGAUAUUUUGAAGUCAUUUACGACCAUAUUCAAGCAAAA